GUCAAAACGAUGAAAGUAGGAUUGUGUAUAUAAUUUUUGUAUGUUUGUUGUGAUGUAAAGUUUCAGCCCUGAAAACGGAAACAUAAUUUUGUCUACAUGUUUUAAAUGAGUCCGGAAAAGAAUUAUUUUAGAGAUGGCUGGACAGCAGAUCUGCUUAAAAUGGAAUAGUUUCCAGUCAAAUAUAGUUACAAGCUUCGAAAGUUUGUGGGAAGAACAAGGCCUUGUUGAUGUAACCUUAGCAAGUGAUGGGCAAUGUCUUCGUGCCCACAAAGUGAUUUUGUCAGCAUGUAGUCCUUUCUUUAGGAAAGUAUUUCAGACUAAUCCGUGCCAGCAUCCUGUAAUUAUUUUACAAGAUGUUCAUUUUUCUGAGUUGGAAUCACUCCUGUCUUUCAUGUAUAAAGGCGAGGUCAACAUAGAACAAGAAAAUUUGCCAGCUUUGCUUAGAGCUGCAGAAACUCUUCAAAUUCGUGGCCUAUCUGGAGCUUCUGAACAAGUGAAGGAAAAGAUGGGAGUGUGUAAAAAGUCUCCAAGCCCACAAGAACCUAUUCCAGUUGAUGGACAGUCUCCUCCAAAGAAGCAACGUACUGUGCAGCAAUCUCAGUCUCCACCAUUACCAUCAACCCCUCUUGCCCUGACACCAACAUCGAGAACAACAACAGAGCGAUUACGGCGACAGUCAGCGUCAUCUGCAGAAGCCUGGGAGCAACAUCAACAAACGAAUGAACCUGAAUGUCCCCCAAAAGUGAUACCAAAACUUGAAUCGAGAGACAGUGAAUCUGAAAGCCUUGCCUCACCUCUGCUUUCAAUUGAUGAACCACAUGAGGAAAGCACUGAUGGAUCUCUCGGAGGACUUCAGGAUUUAAAGAGUUCCCAAUCAAAAGCAGUGGCAUCUGAUACAGGCCAAAUUAAAGGGAACACCAAGUCAGAAACAACAAUUGACGUGAAUACUGAAGCUUUACCAGGAAGCUCAUUGUCAGAUGCAGUGAAUAUUAGUAAGGACAGUAGCUAUGAUCCAAAUCAAGCAAGCAGAAGUUUCCCCUACCCGCCAUUUCCAUGUCCAUUCUGUGACCGUGCCUACACCAGUUGGGGCUUCCGCCGACGCCAUAUCAAAGCAGUACAUACUCAAUCACAGAAGCUGCCGUGCAAAUGGUGUGCAGAAGUUCUUCCAUCACACUCAGAUUGGGAACAACAUGUGACAAACAGCCAUGGAUUGGCUCCCACAGAUGCCCACAAUGGGCUUUUGAUACUUGAAGAAGCACAUAUGGUUUUACAGAUACCAAAUCCAACACGCCUUGACACAUUUGUCAGUAUGAUCAGGAAGAAUAAAAGUGCUGCCAAUAGUAGUGGAUCUGGCAGUAGUGGGGGAAUAGUUAAUGCUGGAGCAAGUAGUAGUUCACAGGAUGACCAAGAUUGUUCGAAUGGAUCUGCCAGUGAAUCAGAGAAGCCUGCAUCACGGACUUAAUAUGUUACUCAUAAUUUGCUUUUCGCAUUAAUUUGUGUUGGCAUCACACUUUACUACUUAUCUUUAGAAGUGCCAGAUCUGAACAACACAGCUCUCCCUGCUGUGAGCUUGAUAAAUCGUGUAUCAUUGCUGUGUCUAGUGUCAUUUUGUGGAUUUAGCAAUGUAUACUAUGAAGCAGAAUAAUUUACUUGUGAUACUUGUCACUUGUCAUAAGAAAAAAGGUACUAAGCUCUAAUGAUAUAGUUUUUAUCGCACAGUGACAAAUACAGGGCAUAUAGACAUAAACUGACCAUAUAUGAUUCUUCUGUGAUGUCUUGGUAAGAUUUAUUUCUAUUCACCUUUUGCUCUCAGAUUUGUCACUUUUGCCCUGUAUCAGUUAUAAUACACUGCUCAGUAUCAGUCCCUAACACCAUUACCAUUGUGAUCCAUGUCACAGACUUCCAAAAUCAAUAUUACAUGUUUUUCACUGACAAAGUAUUGUAAUACUGCAUUUUAAUUUUGUCUAUCAUUAUAAUUAUGUGCAUCAGUUGUCAUUAAUUUUUUCCUAAAGUAAAAGUCAGUGAGAUACUAUUUUCAUGUUAAAUUCAUUAAAGUUAUAUAAUUUAUGUUUAUUUGAUAGCACAAUGAAGUAGGUUAGUGUAGAAAGUGUAGUAUUACAGUGUUUUCUCAAAUUAUUUUCAUUUAUACCUGAUGCUAAUACGUGGACAUCAGAAAAAUAAAUUAUAUUACAAAAGAACAUGAGCAGUUGUGCAGAAUGUAGGCAGAUGGUACCAAUAGCUUUCUUGACCUUUGAUUGAUGAUUUACUGUAACUAACUCCAAAAAGAUUCAUUGCACUAGGCUCGAUGGGACAGAUAUCACCACCUUUGGCUGUACCCGACUUCCAGGUCUGAGAGUUUCACAACUUUUGGACUUCUCAUAAAAUUAUCUUUUUUAUCAGACUCAAAGCAAAAUAUACCUAUAACUGAACAUACGAAUGAUGGUUCUCUACUACUUCUGUUGUUCCAACAAUGUAAACUUACAAGUUUUACGGGCACAAGACAAUAACAGUUUAUGCUACCUGUAGCUACUAUUUCAAAAUUUUUUUUUUUUUUUUUGCCAAUGCGUUGUAUGUUAAAAAGAAGAGCUUAAUUCUUGUGGUUUCAAAGAUUGGCGACAAAAUAUUAAGGAAGAUUAUUGUUCAAUGUCCCAUUGACAACAAAGUGAUUAUACACAGGUAUUUAAGGCACAGUCAUAAGCAACAGACAUUCAAGAACCAAGUAAUUAGAUAUUAUUUAUGGAGACAACACUAGUAUUGUAACCAUCUUUAUUAAAGAAAGCAUCUCUGAGAUUAAUGACGACUUAAAAACUCUAUCCAACACUCCAGAUACUGAUGUUGAUAGUAUUCUUCGCUUACACUUGCAAUUAAGAAUGCAGCGUAUGGAUUUCAAGUGAAUUUCACUCAUUAAUAUAUUUCCAUCAGAUUUACUUUGAAAUAUUUUUAAAUAAUGAACUGCAAUGAAAAUAAUAUUUAUAAGACAGCAAUCAUAAUAUGACAUUCUGUACCUGUAAUUUGUGCCUUUUUGACUGAUGCUUCUUUCCCAACAUGUGUAACUUUAUUCAGGUGUAUAUUUGAGAGCAGUGACAAUACUGUGUAUUUUUCAGUGGGGAACUCAUAUUCUACAAAUAGUUGCAGUAAAUAAAACACUGAUUAAUGUUUUGUAACAGAUUUUUUUAUAUUUGUAAUAAGAGAGUUUAGAAGGGUGGAGUGGAUAUUUUUGUAUAAAUUAUAUGCUGUGUAUAUUGCAUGUAUUAUGUAACUCCUACUUCCUUCACAUUAUGAUAGAAAUAUGUCAAGAUUGAUGUAAUUUCAUACUGUAUUUUUGGAAAGUUGUUUAUUGAAAUAGCAGUCCAAUAAAUUAAUUUACAUCAACUAGGCUUACAAAUAUUAAGAUGAAAAAAUAGCCUGGAAUUAUUUUGAAAAAACAGUGUUCAUCAUUAAUAACAGAGCCACAUGUUAAGAAAAUGUUAAUACUAGGCUGUUGAAUCCUAUUAACUGCAAGUCAAGCAAAAAACAAACUGUAAAUGCAAGUGAUAAACUUGAGGGCUUAGACAGCUUAGAAACCCAGUUCCAGUCUAAGUCUUCUCCGGGAGACAAUGCUAUGGUUGAUGUAAAUGAUAAUAGUUUGACGAGGGAUUGAACUAAAGGAACAUGACAGUCAUAUCUCUUUUAUUCAAAGAAUAUUUGUUAUGCAGUUAUAACAUCAUUGUCACACCACUUUUGAGUUGCCUUAAAAAUUACCAUCCCAUGGGUACCACACAUCAGUCACACCCUCUCAAGUUUCAGACAUAAAUUACUGUGUGGUGUGUGUGAUUUUGUUCAUUUUUUUUUACGUCCCUGGGCUCUCCUCCUCUAACACUAUUUUUUAGUGUCUGGUUAACCAAUGCAUUAAUAAUUACAGUCCAUUAAUGUGUCUAAAUAUAUGCCUUCUUUCUAAUAAAAAUCAAGCAAUGAAAACCACAGAUCUGAGUAACGUUUGCAACAUGCAGUUAAAGAUUAUCAGAACGAUCAUAAUUCAGUAGCAGUGUAGAUGUGUAUUUCUUAGUGAGAGCCCACACACACUCAGACACUUUUAGAUGUGUGAUUCAUUCUUACUGCAUGCAACGGUUCUUGCAUCUGCUACUGGGUUCCCUACCUCCUUUUAAAUCUAUGGUGACAUGCCAAACGCCUCAAUCUCGCCAUUCUUUCUCAUCCUCUUCUCUCCAUCAAUUCUUGGAUACCCCAUAUCCACUCUUUUGGUGGUCUUCCUCUUCUUUUUCUUCCAGGGGUUGUCAUGGAAGCAGUGUCUUUAGGCAUUUGUCUUAUUUCAUUCUUUUGACAUGCCGUAACCACCCAAGCUGGCUGUCUUCUAUUCUAUCUGUAAUAUACUGGCUCUGCCUCCUUUCUCUUAUUUCCUCAUUUCGAGUUAGGAAAUUCUGCAUGCUUCUCCCAAGUGGUCUAUUUCUAAAGCUCUAAGUCUCUCUUUAUACUUUCUAUGAGUUCGUAACACUCACUCCCACAACUUUUUAUUGGUUGCUCAAUGGAUUUGUAUAACAGCAUUAUACCAACCGAAGUACAAGAUUCAGUUUUUGGAUAACCAUUCUUUCCUACCUGAUUCAUUGUUGUAUAACUCUGUCACAUCUUCCAUCACAUGGUAGGUUACUACUCAUAUACUUAAACUGUUUACACAAUUUAUUUUGAUGUCUGUCAAUGUGCAAGUCACUUUCCUUUGCUCCUGUUCUCAAAAUUAAUUUUCAGAUCCCACUGUUUAAACUGUUCCAUUAACUUCCUAAAAAAGUAAGUGAAUUUUACUAAGUUUGUAAAACCAUGUUGCUAAUUAUAUAGUUUGCCAGACAAUAUUUUUAAGUGUAAAAAUGCUCUCUACAAAAAAAAUCUGUUCAAUAUGAGGACUAUUUUUAAUUACACAGAUAUAUUGUACAUUUUAUAAGUAAUAUUGAUCCUUCUCGGAAUGAAAUGAAAGAAGCAUGUUACCUAUCUGUAAUCACAUUCAAGGCAGUGAUUUUGUGACAAACACUUACAAAAUAUAAAAUAAUAGAAAAUAAUGUUGUGAGUGAGUUUUGAUGCACAAAGAGAUGUAAACAGUACAGUAAUAAAUUAUAGGUUGGAAACAACAGACAUAAAUAGCAAUAAAAGGCAUAAUCUAAUGUUUUAUGGCUAUGGAGCCUUCAAGUUUUUCAACUCCUCACUCACAAUAGCAGCAUGAAUUUUUCGUCCCCUUCAAGUUCUGGUUUGGUUGUAAUACUUAAGGGACUGUAUUCUGUGCUACCUGUAGUCAUUAUUUUUUGCUGGUGGGGGAACAAGACUAGGAAAGAAUAAAAGUGUGGAAGCUAAUGCUGCUUUAUGAGCCACUAUGUGUGCCUACAAACCAUUCUUGAAUCAUCUGCAGGUGAGGUAUUGGCUUCUGUCAUUUAUGUUUAGAGGUGUAAAUAGAACAUAAUAAUAUAUAUUAAAUAUCAAGUGUGUCAAUUAAGAGUGCUCGUUUAAUAUGAAAUGUACAAAUGAGAAGAAUCCAUGGAUGCACAAAAUAUUUUAUAUUAAAAAUAUUUAUUAUUUAUCUAAUACAAGCAAUGCAGAAAGUUUGUCAGGCUUAUCUUUGUUGCAGUCUUUGUAUAUAAAAUUGUAUUGUGGAUAACUGUAAGAAUUACCUUUAUGGGCACAUUGUACUGUCUUCUUCUUGUGCCUUUUUACUGGAUGUUUUUUAUUUAUCAUUUUUGUAUAAACAGAAAUCUGUUUUUGAUCAUUGAUGAAGAAUACAAACUAGUCAGUUCAUUCUAACACAAGAAAUUACUGUUGUUGGUGCAUGACAUAUUUCUAAGUAGCUCUGUAUUUGAAGUUCAUCUGAAAUCAUUCAUUGUCCCAAUGUUCCUGUGUUGAUACAGACCUUUAAAAAUCAUGAGUGGAUUCUUAUUAUAAUCUAGUAGUGGAAAUAAAUACAUUUUCACUAUUUUUAUUAAAUAUUUAAUGUGGGUUGUAU